AGUAAACUUUGUGUUCCAGGAUGCAGUAAAGCUUCAAAAAGUGAUGCAAAUGAAAGUUCAAGAACUACUUGACAUAGAUCAGGAUACAGACAGUGAUGCAGAUAAUGAAGACAAGGUAAGAAGGAAACCUGGCGUGAAAUCAAAAUUAUUAAUGGGCAUAUCACCGGGCCGGGGACGUCCGCCAAAGGACUCCGUUCCUCUAAAAAGGCGCUUGCAUAAUCUUGCGAAGUUUAUGUUAGACUAUGUGUGUGAGGAUGGCAGAAAACCGAUGUUGGCAUUCAUGGAGAAACCGUCGAAAAAGUUAUAUCCUGAUUAUUACGAGGUGAUUGCAGAACCGAUUGACUUUUUGGAAAUAGAGGGAAAAAUAAGAGCCGAACAGUACUCCAAUGAAAGCGAUUUGGUUAAGGAUUUUAAACUCAUGUUUGCAAAUUGUCGUCAAUACAAUGAAGAAAAUUCAACGAUUUAUGACGAUGCCAAUUUACUCGAGCGGGUCUUGACUGAAAAAAUUGGUCAACCCAUUCCAGUGGUAGUCGAAAAACAUGAGAGGAAAACUGUACCUCGAAUAGCACGUCCACGCAAGAUUCAAACCCCAACUGAGAAAAACUGUAGAACAUUAUAUGAAACUAUUCGAGAUUAUAAAGAACCAAAACUAAAUCGCCAACUGUCACAAAUAUUUAUGAAAUUACCAUCGAAACUAGAUUAUCCGGAUUAUUAUGAAGUAAUAAAAAGUCCGAUUGAUAUGGAGAAAAUUUCGCAGAGGGUUAAAGCAAAUUAUUACGAAACUUUAGACGAUUUAGUGAACGACUUUAAUGUUAUGUUCGACAAUGGAUGCAAGUAUAAUGAACCUGAUUCACAGAUUUAUAAAGACGCAUUAAUUCUGCAACGUGUCUGUUUGCAAACAAAAUUGCAACUCAAAGAGGACGAUGAUACCGUUCCUGAUGUUCCUGCAGCAAUUCAAGAUCUAUUACUGAAUCUUUUUACUAACGUGUAUAACCAUCAGGAUGCGGAGGAACGCUGCUACUCGGAUUCAAUGGCCGAACUUCCUGAGCAUGACGAAGUCGAUGGAAAAAAGGUUCGAGCACUUUCGUUGGACUUAAUAAAAAGAAGACUGGAUAAGGGUUUGUAUAGGCGUUUAGAUACGUUUCAAGAUGAUAUGUUUUUGGUAUUUUGUACUGACUUUAACAAAGCUGAAGAAAUUAUUAAAUGUGUGCUCUUAAUAUGCCAAAGUGAGACGGAAGGGGUGUCAAAAGAUACGAAUAAUUUAACUCUUUGCGAGAUUAAGAAGAGAUGGUUGAAAGAAUCACAAACUGUGGAAUAUAAUGUAUCAAAAUUUGCAGAAGCCUUUGACAAGUCGGAAGACGAAGAAGGUAUUGAUAUCGUGCAUGACCUGUGUGAUGAGAUCGUAGAUAGUUUUCCUGAGUGGGUAAAUGUAUUACGCAUGAACGUUGCCGAGACGUUGGAAGACUGUGGAGAUCACGACAAUCUUCACUAUUUACCCUCCUUAGUAAAACCAUUUUGCGACUUAUGCACCAAGUUACCACUAUGGACAGCCAUAAUGCAACCGUACUUUCAAUAUGGUAAGCUUAGUGCUAGUAGUGCAUCUGUAGAAAGUUACUUUGGAGAACUCAAAAAUCAACUCUUCACCAAAGGACUUUCUACUGUGGACCAGUUUUUGUUGACACACAUUCAAUUGAAUGAAGGAUCAAUGAUUAUAAGCAGCGCAAAAAGCAGCCCGCUUCCGAUGAAGAUGUCAACACGAUCUUUAUCGCCAAACAGUGAAGAACUCCACGCUACGGAAAACUGGAAAGGCAAAGGAUCCCACAAAUCUAAAAUUAAAGCAGUGUAUUUAACACCUGCAUUAAACACUACAUUCAAAGAUAACCCUAAAUCGUUCUGUAAAACUAUAAAGUGCGGGUUUCUAAAAAAUGGCAACAGUUUUGACCUAAAAAGUAUUCGUGUCGGUGGAAUAUCCUAUUCCGUAACAAACACGUGCGCCUUUGAUAGUGUAGUGCAGGGUUUGGCAACAGCCUAUUGUGAUAGUGAACAUUUUAAAACUCUUUUUGAUGAACACACUAGUGACUUUAAUGUUAUUGUUAAGAACGUGUCUCACAAUAAAGUAAACGUCGUAAAUGAGUACAAACUCACUCGCCGCGGCUCGCGUGGCGUAGUUGCGUGA